CUGCCUCCGCUCACAGCGCCUCAGCCCGCCUUCUUCCUUCGCUUCCUCUCUCCCUCACCAAGCUCUGCCCCCUCUUCUUUCUCACUUGCUUUCUGUCCCUCCACCGCCAUCUUUCGCUUUCUCCCGCUGUUGACCAAAGGAGGCUCGAGCUUAGCCCCAGGGUGCUGCCAAGGUUUCUUUUGCCCGAUCUUUUUCCUGCGGCAAUGGCGGGGGAGCUCGAGGGGAGGAGCUCCGGACCCAGAGGAGCCGAGCAGGCCAUUGUUGCUCUCAAGAAAGGUGCCCAUCUACUCAAGUGCGGGAAGAGAGGGAAGCCCAGGUUCUGCCCGUUCAGGCUAUCAUGUGAUGAAAAACUGCUAAUAUGGUACUCCAAAGAGAGGGAAAAAAGUCUGAGCUUGAGUUCUGUGUCGAGUGUGGUUCUCGGACAGAAAACGGAAAACCUUUUGCGCUUGCAUUGGCCAGAAAAGGAACAUCACUCCUUGUCAGUCAUAUACAAGAAUGGUGAAUGCUCACUGGACUUGAUAUGCAAAGACAAGGACCAAGCUGACUGCUGGUAUCUAGGCCUAACAGCCUUGGUAUCUGCUCUAUAUAGUCCUCUUCUUUUGGUUGAUUCAACAAGCAGCCGUCGGAUAAACAGUUGCGCAAAUAGCCCUCCUAGCUAUAUUCAGCAAAGGAAUAGGCUAUUUUCAGUGCAUGACACAAGAAAGUUCACCCAGGUACACUCACUGUAUGGCAGUCCUAGGUUGAUACAGAACAAAGUAUCGAAGAGCAGUCUGGAUUGCUCAGAAGCAUUCGUCACUCCAAGGCAGAGAACAUGGUCAGACCUAGAUUUCUACUUGGAAAGAAUUACUCCUGAAAUGGUAAAUAGAGUUAAAAACAGUUUCAUGGAUAUACCAGUGGCUGCAAAAAUUCAGGAGGGAAUUACCCAAAUGCCUAAACUGAAAGCUUCUGAAGGAUCACACAUGGCAUGUGGAAUAGAUUCUCUGAAGGACAUCUUUGCCUGGGGAGAAGUUCCAGGCAGUGUGUUGGAGAAUGGAGAUGCACCAAAAGAUAAUGUUUCACUUCCAAGGUUAUUGAAGCCAACCCAGAUUCUUGACGUGCAGAACGUUGCCUGUGGAGAGAAACAUGCAGCAAUAGUUACUAAGCAAGGGGAGGUCUUCUCUUGGGGAAAGGAGAGUGGUGGGAUAUUGGGACACAAAGUGAGUGUCAGUGUCUCCGAACCUACGAUUAUCGAAUCUCUUACCUCUAUCCAUAUGAAGGCUAUUGCAUUAGGGGCAAAGCACACCUGUGCACUUGCAAUUUCAGGAGAACUUUAUGAGUGGGGUGAAGGGACUCACAGCUUGGGUCUGUGGGAUGAUCAGUGUCAAAGAAGCCAAUGGUUCCCACACAAACUGUUUGAUCCUUUGGAUGGCGUAUCGGUUCUGAAGAUCGCAUGUGGCCAAUGGCACACGGCUAUCAUAUCCUCCUCUGGUCAACUGUUCACAUAUGGCGACGGAACAUUUGGCGUUCUUGGACAUGGCGACACGAUGAGCGUGGCUCGGCCCAAAGAAGUAGAGUCUCUGAAAGGGUUGAGAGCCAAGGCUGUGGCAUGUGGGCCAUGGCACACAGCUGCCAUUGUGGAAAUAUUAGGCACUGUCAAGAGCAAUGCUCCUAGUGGGAAGCUGUUCACUUGGGGUGAUGCAGAUAAAGGAAAGCUGGGUCAUGCUGACAAAAAAUCCAAGCUUGUACCGACUUGUGUCAAGCCACUCAAUGAUUCUGAUUUUGCUCAGGUAUCCUGUGCGAAGGCACUGACAGUCGUGCUUACAAUAACAGGUGUUGUUUUCACCAUUGGAAGCACGGAACACGGACAAUUAGGCAACCGCCGAUUGAGUGACACAUCUAUUUGUUCAGUUGAAGGGCCUCUCAAGACUGAGUUUGUCAGAGAUAUAUCGUCAGGCUCUUCCCAUGUCGCAGUUUUGACAAUGAAUGGAAAGGUGUAUACCUGGGGCAAAGGCACAGAAGGUCAACUUGGUUUAGGUGACUAUACUGACAGGAGCUCCCCAACUCUAGUGGAGUCCUUGGAAGAUAAGCAAGUGGACAGUAUAGCUUGCGGUUCCAGUUUCACUCUUGCGGUUUGUUUACACAGGUCUAUCUCAGGCAAGGAUCAACCUGUAUGCAGCAGUUGUCAGUUGUCUUUUACCUUUACAAGGAAGAAGCACAACUGCUACAACUGUGGUUCCAUGUUCUGCAAUUCCUGCAGCAGUAACAAGGUUUCAAGGGCAGCUCUUGGACCAGAUAGGAGCAAAAGGUACCGUGUUUGUGAUAUGUGUUUCACUCAACUGCAGAAGAUUGAAGGACAUGGCACACUAAGUUCACGAUCAGCGAUCCAGAAGGAGGAGGCAUUUCCAACAGAAAUAAGACCAUAUACACCAAAGUUGUCACGCAUAUUCAAGGAAGCAAAUUCUAUCAUGGAAAAAAUGACAACGUCACAGGGUUCGAAUCAGAGAAAUCAGGACUUGGCUGUGCCGGUUCAACUGAAAACACAGAGAUGGGGGCAAGUAGAGUGCCCCAGUCAAUUUAAAUGUGCACGAAACAACAUUCCAUGCUGUUCCAUACCAAAUAAACAGACAGUCGAAGUUUCUCUUCCACAGAGAAUGCCUGAACCAGUGCCCCCAAAAGGUACCGGCUCUAUGCCAGAAGCAGCUACUAAUUUGAAAGAAGAAUUAGAUUCGACAGAGAAUAUAUUACUAGGAGAAGUAAAACAGCUUCAAGCACAGGUGACCACCCUAGCAGAACAAUGCCGGCAUAGGAGCCUGAAGGUUCAGUUGUACAAACGAAAAGUCGAGGAAACCUGGCUGAUUAUCAUGAAUGAAGCAGCGAAGUGCAAAGCUGCAAAAGAAAUUAUAAAGGUUUUAACCAAUCAGAGGAAUACUUUAUCAAAGAAGAUUGAUUUAGCUGGUGAGCAAUCAUACAACUCCAUAACUAUACCAAGCCGCAUCAACGAUGGACAACCAGUAAAAGCAGAAUUACCAGACCCACCAGACAAGAACCCUGUCACCGGCAAAUUUCAACAGCUGAGCAGCAUCAGGGAUCACAAUCAGCAAGUGGACAGGGAACGUAUACAGUCUUCAAGCGCAGCUGUGGCGAAAGGCUCAGUCAUGCAUAGAAAUAGCAGAAGAGCACCCAGUAACAGCAAUACCUAUGCCGGGGAAAAUGAUGCCACCAUUCCUCCUGUUGAUCCCAAUGGCACAAUCGAGCAAAUCGAGCGCGGGGUGUAUGUGACCGUUGUCACAUCCCCUGGUGGAAACAAAGGCGUCAAGCGCAUCCGGUUCAGCCGGAAGCACUUUGGGGAGAAGGAAGCACAGAAAUGGUGGGAAGCGAACGAGAGCAAGGUGUUUGCAAAGUACAGCAGCACGGAACAGGUGACAGAGUAACCAGCUGUGACAACCGACUGGCAUUGUAAAUGGCAAUGGAUUCCAAAUACUCCCUCUGUUCACAAAUACAAGAUGUUCUAACAUUUUUGUGAAUCGGAUGUAUACAGACACGUUUUAGUGUGUUUGUUCACUCAUUUCAGUUCGUAUGUAGUCCAUAUUGAAAUAUCCAAAACAUCUUUUUGUGAACCAAGGGAGUAGUAAAUACACUGAAAGACGGUACUGUUCAGUAAUGACAAUAGAUGGAAUGAUGGAAGCAACGGAAUCGAGACACCAUUAUUUGGUCCCUGAGAGGCAGUUUGCAUAACUAAAUUGCAACAUUAGCACUUGCUUUGUACUAGUUGAGCGGGAGUAGGUCCCCAUGGUUAACCCCUAUAUGAUAUACAGAGGGUAGGUCUGAGUUGAGUUGGAUUAUGGAUAUGAUGCCUCCUCUUGAGUGAUCCGAUCAUUAAGAACUCGGAUGUAAGUUUGUAGUGUGGAUUCAUUGGCGUUGCCUUCUUGAUCUGAGUCACAUA